AUGGUUCCUAUGUUUACUUUACAUAAGCCACAGAGACGACCUCUACAGCUAAGUGAGCAAGGCCAAGUCCUUGAGAUUGCCAUUGAAACCGCUGCAAAUGUUAUUCUAGAUCUUAAGGAUAGCCUAAAUGAUUGGGACAGUAAAGUUGGUGAUGGUGACUGUGGAUCAACUAUGUAUAGAGGCGCAAAAGCCAUUCUGGACUAUCCUCUGAAUGAUGCUGCAGAAACUGUCAAUGAAAUUGGAUCAACAAUUCGAAGAGCCAUGGGAGGAAGCAGGAACAAAUAUACAAUUUUCUGCAAGGCAGCAUAUACACAGCUGAAACCAAGCUCUAGUUCUGUUGUCACGCCAAAACAAUGGGAUGAGGCACUUGCGGCUUCUAUUGCUGCUGUUAGCAAAUAUGGGGGUGCUACUGCUAGUUAG